GUGGUUGGUCCCAUCCAUGAUAAAAUUUAUGGAAUUUUGUUAAGAUUUUUCUGUUGUUAAGACUUGUAAUUUUGCUAGGCAUUCUAAUCUUCUUUAUUAUCUUAUUGCACGCUGAAAAGUUAUAUACAGUGCAUCACUGCUGCAAUCUCUAGUUUAUUAAAUAUUUUUUUGUGAAUAUCAAUGAUCUAGAAAGGUGCUGAAACUUCAAAGCUAUGGGUGUAUCUGGUAGCUGUACCUAGGAAAAUCCAUAUGAAAUUGUCUUCAGAAGUGGCUGCAUAUGCCUUUGGAAAGAUCAAUACUUCAGUCUUCGGUCUUUGGAAGGAUCAGUACAUUUGUCUUUUAGUUAUACCAUCUUUACAAUGUAAUUCUUGGACAAUUCUGAAUUCAAGUUGAAGCACAGUUCAUCAUUGUGAAUUCCCUUAUGUUAAAUUUAAGUAUUUUAUCUGUUUGGCAGAUCUUCUGGUUGUAAAACUAUGGUAUUGUUCUAUACUUCUGUUCCGCUAUGUUGUGGGUAUGUGUUAGUUCAGAAAAAAAACUUGCGACAUGUGAUCUGAACCUAAUUGCAGUUGUUCAGGAGAGGGGACACACUGCAGAAAAUUGAGGGGCUAGUUGAUUGUUGAUUUAAUGAGAGAAGUGUAUUAGUUGGUUCAAUCUAGAUUGGCCCCUCUUAGAACUUGCUCAGCUUGUGCAAAAGAAGACAUAAAUUUGUUAAUUCUUGUGAUACUAUCGCUACUCAGUGACUGCGAGAAUGCUACCAUAGCAAGGCCUGCUUUCUCCCAUUGCUGGCACAUUUGAUCAGAAAGGUUGUCAAUAAGCCAACUUUUCCGCCCACUCCAUGCUCAUUUUGUCUAAUGAUGAGACCAUGAAAUUCAUCUGUCAUUAGUCGAUAAAGUGUCAUACUCCUCUGUGUAGAAUAAUGCCAACUGUGGACAGACUUAUUACACAAGAUUGCGUAUUUAGUUAUCCUAGAAAUUGUAGAAGAUAAGAGGUGUGACUUUCAUCUAAGCACAGGCUUAAUUGGCUUAUCUAGUAUUUGCCGGUUUUACUAGAAGACUAACUAAUUGUUGCAUUGUUAUUAACGAAUGGAAGAGUUUCUUGUGUUUUUUUGUCCUUUGGCUUAUUAUCAUCUCUUUUGUUGGAGAAUUCCACCAGUUCUCAAAGAACGAACUGCAGAUGGCAUAUAUAGAACAUAAAGGGCCUUGCACCUUUUGCACUAAUGAGAAGGUCUCUAAGCAAAGAAAUCUAUCCGAAGCCAUGGGGUGUUGCCUUCCAUGCAUUUUCGUAAUAUGUUCAGUACUUGCGCUUCUUGCCACAGGAACUGGAGCCAUUGACAUCUUUCUUGAGUGGAAUGUCUCCUUUGAUUGGAAUAUUAGACCUGUUUUUAUGCAUCAACCAGUCAUCACCAUUAAUGGAAUGUUCCCCGGACCCCUCAUCAAUUCAACUACAAAUGACGUGAUCCAUGUGAACAUCUUCAAUAACAUUGAUGAACCAUUGCUCAUGACAUGGAACGGCAUACAACAGAGACUCAACUCAUGGCAAGAUGGAGUUUCUGGUACUAACUGUCCCAUAGAGCCUGGUAGGAACUGGACAUAUGUGUUUCAAGUGAAAGACCAAAUCGGAAGCUUCUUCUAUUUCCUCUCGACCAAAUUUCAAAAGGCUGCGGGUGGGUUCGGUCCAAUUAGAGUCAACAAUCGCAAUGUGAUCGCUGUGCCUUUCCCCAAACCAGAAGCAGAAUUUGAUCUCCUUGUAGGGGAUUGGCAUAAUGUUCCUUACAAGUGCUGUCUGCAGGCGGUUCGGCAAAUUGUAUCAAGCAAGCAUUUCAGUCUUAUUCCUGCAAGGUACAUUCUCAUCAAUGGAAAGGCCCCUUAUAACAAUGUUUGGGGAGGAAAAUAUGAGUUCCUUAGAGUGGAGAAUGGGAAGACAUACCGCUUGAGGAUUUCAAAUGUUGGAAAUGCAUUGAGUUUUAAUUUCAGAAUUCAGGACCAUCAAAUGACUUUAGUGGAGACUGAAGGAUCCUACACUGAUCAGAUUGUGCUGGACUCACUUGAUGUUCAUGUUGGCCAAUCGUAUUCUGUUUUAUUCACGGCAAACCAGCAGGAAUCAGACUAUUAUAUUGUGGCUAGUCCAACGCAAAUUGAUACUAGCAAUUACCCUAACAUCAAUGGUCUUGCGAGACUGCAUUACAUGAAGUCGCAAGCCCAGUUAAGUGGACCCCUUCCGCUGGGGCCUGAUCAGUUGGACCGCGAGUUCUCCAUCGAUCAGGCGAGGUCAAUCAGGUGGAACAUGACGGCAGGGGCUGCGAGGCCCAACCCACAGGGCACAUUCAACGUGAGACAUGCUAAUAUCUCAAAGACAUUUAUCUUGGUUGGUUCUAAAGCAGAACUGAAUAACCAUCGCUGCUACACCGUGAACAAUGUCUCCUACAUGACACCCUCAACCCCACUCAAACUUGCUGACUACUUUGUGAACGGUAGCGGGGUCUACCAGCUUGAUGCCUUCCCAACUAGCUCUGUAAAUCAAGAAGCCGCGCUGGGGACUUCGGUGGUCACUGGAGUUCAUAAGAGUUGGCUGGAGAUUGUUUUCAAGAAUGAAAUUGAUUUCAUGGAUUCAUGGCAUCUUGAUGGUUUCGGCUUCUAUGUGGUUGGAUUUGGUGACGGCGAUUGGACCCCUGCCUCAAGAGACACCUACAAUUUACUCGAUCCUGUCGUGCGCUCCACCGUUCAGGUGUAUCCUAAGGGAUGGACAGCAGUAUAUGCAUACCUCGACAACCCGGGCAUGUGGAACCUGCGCUCGCAGAUCCUUGAGAAUUGGUACUUAGGCGAGGAGAUGUACUUGCGAGUCCACGAUCCUGAUCCCAACCCAGCCAAGGAGCGCCCGCCGCCUGAUAACCUUCUCCUCUGUGGUAUCUUUGGUGCAACACAGGCGCCGCCUUUUGCGUCGCCACCACCAUUCGCAGCAUCGCCGGCGCCGCCAUUCGCAGCACCGGCACCAUUCGCGGCACCGCCUCCACAAGAAGGCUGAAAGGAGAUGUGGUUAACAUGGAACUCCUUUUCUGAGACAUCAUUUUGGCUUUCCUGCAUAUAAUUUCCUUGUUGAAAUUCGAAGAUGUCGUUGUUUAUGAUUGAAAUGCACUGAAUUUCUCAAUAAUUAGGAUAAAUAACUGUAGAAGAUGUCGUAAUAUUUACAGCUCAUAUGCAUUAUUCGCGACCAAAAUUUAUUAUAAUAAUUGAAAGGUUGCGUGACCAAAGUGUAAUUUUCUGAAAA